ACGUUAAAAUUUUAACCGAAAGAUUUGGUGCCGGUUCAUUUUUAAAUAAGAAAUCGUGAUUAAAACCCAAGAGUGGAUUCAGAUUUCAGCAUUGUAUGAAAUAUCUUAAUUUUAUCGGCCGUACGUUUUACUGGAAGUGAUUAAUUUAGAUUAAUUAAUAAUUAUCAAAUUUAAUUGAAUAUGGAUGAUACUGUAAUUUUUCCGUCGCCGAAUUGGUUUCAAACAACGAUUUUAGCUGUGACUUCUGAUGGCUGGCUUAUUUAUGGAGGACCUAGUAAAGGUCUUUGUAUUUGUAAACCAUUUAAUAAACCUGAUGAAAAUGGCCAGGGCUAUCAGACACACUAUAUUAAUAGAGCACAUGGUGAGAAGAUAGUCAGUGUAGAUAUAUCUCCCGAAUGGCCUGAAAAGAGAUAUAUUGUUGCUGGCAGUGGAGAUGGUAUGGUAAAGCAAUGGUCAUUUACUGAAAUAAACAAAAGUAUCAAGAUAAAACUUGAGCAGAGCCAUGACUUGCAUCACAAAGAAAAUGAGGAAGUUGUAGGAGUGGGUUAUAUUAAUGAAACAUAUGUCAUUACAAUUGGCAGUUUUGGUAAUUUAGUCAAAUGGGAUAUUGCCUCUAAUGUUGUUAAAAGUUAUGAUAAAUUUCUAAGAAAUUUUAAGCCAACAUGUAUGGCAUGUUCCCCUCAUCUGCCUUUUAAUGUAGCGGUGGGUACUAAACAGGGCAUAAUUAUUGUACUGGAUUUGAAUGAUAAAGGUAAAGUACUAUACAAAGUAAGAGGGCAGAAUGAAGAAACAAUAAGUGUGUCUUGGUGUCCACAAUAUGAGGUUGUAUUACAAAAAUCUCUAGAAACCACUGAGGCUAAGUCCCAAUUAUCUGAUAGAUUAGCUAAAAUAAGACUAGAUGGCACUGAAGAAGAUAAGUUAAAUGAGUCAGGAUUGGCAAAAGAUUUGCCUGAUGAUAGUUUUGAAAAGUCAAUAGUUCAAGAAGAUGAUAUGUUUGACAUAUACAAAGAUCAUGAGGAAGAGGAAUUUGGGCACAAAAAAUAUAAACCAGAAUUAAUAAGGGUAAAAAUUAGGGAAGAAAAAGAAGAGAAUAAAGAUGACUUUCUGAGUGAAUGCUUAAAACUAAAAGAGGAUCUGUUAAAGAGAAAGAAUGAACCUGAAGAAUCUAUUCAUAGCCUUGUUAAAAAAGUUGAUGGAGAUAUUGAAGAAAAUCUUAAUGCAGAAAAACUACAUUCGGAUAGUAAAGAAAAUUCUAUUCAAAUAGUGGAAGAGGCUAGUACUCAUAUACACAAACAUCUUUUAGCUUCUAUUGGAAAAGCUGGAAGUGUAAGAAUUUGGUCCAAAUCUGGCAAAUUGGUUAGUAGCUGUGUCAUCAGUGGUCACAAUAGAAACAACAAACUGAAAACACCAAUGUGGGCAAAUUUAUUGUGGUAUCGACCUGAUAUUUUACUAAUAUCAAAUGGCAAGAGUGAGCUGUUUAGAUGCAAUCCCCUUAAACUAGACAGCAAAAACAAAUUACAUUGGAGUGUUGAACACAUAUUACAUAAACGUGGUCUUUACGCUAUCUCAACAAAUGCACCAAGACAACAGUCCAAAGACCAGUCUGAGGAUAAAAUUGAAGAGAAAUCUAACAAUGGAUUGAAACAAGAAGAUUGGGUAGUGUGGACUAUUUCUCAAGACAGGAAUAUGAUAUGUUAUUCAGUGGAAAAUAAAAAAUGUGUGGGACAGUAUAAUAGUGCUGGUGGCUAUGUGUAUAUGAUUGACCCCUGUCCAUAUGAUGCAAGGCAAUAUGCCAUAUGUGUGGGAGAUGGCGCAGUGCGUGUGUGGGAAACUGAUCUCGAUGAAGACCAUAAUAAACUGUCAAAAGGUAUCAUACGAACAUAUUGGCAGAAUGUCCAAGGAAAAGUGUUGACUGUUGCCUGGCAUCCCACUACAGAGGGUCUUUUGGCCUUUUCGACUGGAGAAUCGCGGGUAGGUCUAAUAAACACAAGCGGCAAGGCUGAGAAACCAGCUCGUCUGCUGGUACCGGGCGGACGUGGAGGGGUGUACUCCAUCAGCUGGGGUCAAGGGGAUAACUUAUACGCGUGUGGGGGUGGUGAAUUGGUCAUGUACAAUACCAAGAACGCCAACGAUGAUCCUAUACAAAUACCGGUGCAAGUGGAGGGCAAUAAAUGGAAUCUUUGUGCCGUGCAAUAUAGCUCGCGGGGCUUACUAGUGGGAAGUACCGCCGGUGGAAUUGCAAUAUUAGAUACAGAGACACACCAAAACCAAACGGCUGCUUUUAUCUUUAGUAAAACGAUCCAUAAGGCGGAUUGGCAUCCGCAGCAGAUAUCUUCCUCCAGUGAAGACUCUCCUCUACGGAAUCUCAUCGCUGUCAGCUCUUUGGACAAGCAGAAUCUUAUUGCUAUACUUGAGUAUGAUGAUGAAGGAGAUAGUCCAAAGAUAGUGACGUGGAAGAUGCUAGCAGGUCACAAAGCCCACGUAAUUCAAGUGGCAUGGAAUCCUCAUAUUGACCACUAUUUGCUCUCUUCCUCGGAUGAUAAUACUGUACGAGUAUGGGACGUAGUGCAAGGUGCGUGUACGCACAUAUUCGGUGGUCACACGCAGAAGUCCUUGGCUGUGGGAUGGGCUUCGUUCCCGCAACUCGCAAAUACGGCAUUGUCUGGCGGCGCCGACUAUACUUUGCGCUUGUGGGAUAUUCGAGACUUUACGGCCGACUCUUAUGAAGAAAUGAAGCACGAAAAAGUUAAGGAAAGGAAAACGAAGAAAGCUAUUAAAUCAGAAGAUAAGUCAGAAGAUAAGUCUGAAGAUACAGCGACGGAAGCCACCGAGCGAGUGAAGCCUUCUAAGAAAUUUCUAUUACCAACUGUUGGGAGACAAAUAUAUCCGAUGAAUCCAGCCAAAUUGAGGAAAAUCGCUGAGAAAAUGCUAAAGAUCAGUGAAAGGGGUGAUGAGGAAGAAUUUCAAAUGGAUUUCCUGAAACUUUUUGGAAGCACUAACGAUUUCAAUUCUGCACUGGAUUUGGAGAUGGAGCAACACUUAGAAGCAAGAAGGCUCGAUGCGUACAUGAUGUUAUUGGUAUUACGCGGUGAUAUGUCUAAUAUGGUACAAUUCGCGAGCGAAAACGAUCUGUUGUCUCCAUUUUUAGUCAGCCUGGCCCCGUGUGUGUCAUUCAAAUAUUGGAAGGAUACAAUGCAAUUAUAUCUCGCUCAAAUGGAUAGGUUGGCAGCGAAGGGAGAGCUUGAGAAAACAAUUUUGCCAGAAUCGUACGGUGGAGUUGUAUAUAGAAAGGCUGCGGUUUUAUUGAGUCUUCACGAUAUCAAAGGAGCUGUCAAUGCACUGGUUGAAGGGCGGCUCUUUUUAGAAGCUUAUGUACUGGCUAAGACAAGACACAUGGAUAGCAUAGGAGAGGAGACCCUUCAUAAAUGGUCCGCGUUCUGCCGAGAAAAUGGCUCUUACUAUCUUUCUGCUUUUUGCGAAAUGAUUUUCGGUGACGCGUAUCAAGCCUCCAUCUUGUUAUCAAAAAUAAACGUUGAAGGUUCUUUAAUGUUGUCCUCUGAUUUAGCCAAAUUUGCUGGACAGGAGACAUUCGCGGUACAUGUGGAUGACAAACUACAAAAAAUACAUUCUAAAGAAACGCCUGAAAAUCUUAAAUCUUUGCCCUCAAGAACUGAACUAGCGGUUAAAGAAACAAAUGGUGUAGAGACAAAUGAUGUUUAGAGUCACAUGUGUAGAGUAGGGUUACCCUGUAAGUUAGUGAUUCCGUUUUUACUAUCUGUUGCUUUUUGAAGUGAAACUUCUUUAUCGACGUAUGGGAGAAAUUUUGAAGCAAAUCGUCACAUUUUUUAGUUCCGCGCCAUCUUUUUCUUGUCUCUACCACGGUUGAUCCGAAGAGAUUCGACGCGAACACAAAUAUAUAAUAACGAUAACAAUGAUAGUAAUAAUUC